AUAGCAGUGCUAGCAGUGCUAGCACCAACAUAAAAUAGUGAAAAUAGGCAAAGGCAAUUCACCAUUGCUAACUUCACUUUUCAAAUUCACAUGCAUUUGUCAUCUUAAACGUGAUUGUCAACAGGGUAAUUUUGUUAAUUUUUGUGUGAAUUUUUACCCGAUUAAUCCUCAAACAUGGCUCUACACGUACCAAAAGCUCCAGGCUUCGCGCAAAUGCUAAAAGAUGGUGCAAGGCACUACUCCGGUUUGGAAGAAGCUGUUAUAAGAAACAUAAAUGCCUGCAAGGAAUUCUCUCAAUCUGUUAAAUCAGCCUAUGGACCAAAUGGGAUGAACAAAAUGAUUAUAAAUCACAUUGAAAAACAAUUUGUUACCAGUGAUGCUGCCACAAUAAUAAGAGAAUUGGACAUUGAACACCCUGCAGCCAAACUUAUGAUUUUAGCCAGUCAAAUGCAAGAUUCUGAAGUUGGGGAUGGAACAAACUUUGUUAUUGUCUUAGCUGGUGCCCUUCUUGAGUGUUCUGAGGAGCUUAUCAGAUUAGGUGUAACCCCAACAGAAAUAGCAGAAGGUUAUGAAAAGGCUUUGGACAAAUGUCUAGAAAUCCUUCCCACAUUAGUGUGCUAUGAAGUGAAAGAUUACAGAAACAUUCAAGAAGUCGUAAAAGGCAUUCGCACGUCAAUCCAAUCCAAACAGUACGGAAACGAAGAUUUCCUCUCAGAAUUAGUAGCCAAAGCCUGUGUAUCAAUCAUGCCAGAAGAAACCACCUUUAACGUUGACAAUGUGAGAGUUUGCAAGAUUUUGGGCUCCGGUAUUCAUGCUUCCUCUGUCGUCCAAGGAAUGGUGUUUAAACGGCAUGUGGAAGGAGAAAUCACAAAUAUUAAGAAUGCCAAGGUUGCCAUCUACAGCUGUGCCGUAGAUAUUAUGCAAACUGAAACCAAAGGCACGGUUUUAAUCAAAACCGCCGACGAAUUGAUGAACUUUAGCAGAGGCGAAGAGAAUCUCUUGGAAUUGCAAAUCAAAGCCAUUGCUGAUACUGGUGCUAAUGUUAUUGUGGCAGGAGCCAAGUUUGGCGACAUGGCUCUCCACUAUAUUAACAAGUAUAACAUGAUGGCUGUCAGACUUAACUCCAAAUUCGAUCUAAGAAGAUUAAGCAAAACUGUAAAUGGUACUGUUCUACCGAGGAUGACUCCACCAACUUCUCAAGAAUUAGGAUACUGUGACACAGUAUUGGUAGAGGAAUUGGGAGACACUCCAAUGGUUGUUUUCAGGUUGGAAAGCAAAGAAUCGCGUAUCGCAACAAUCGUAGUUAGAGGAGCUACCGACAACUACAUGGACGAUAUUGAACGUGCCAUUGAUGAUGGAGUUAACACAUUCAAAUGUAUGUCUCGCGAUGGAAGAAGCGUAGCAGGUGCCGGAGCCACAGAAGCCGAAUUGGCCAUACAAUUGUCCAAAUACGCCGACACUUUACCUGGAUUGGAACAAUAUGCCGUAAGGAAAUUCGCGUCUGCUUUGGAAAACUUCCCUAAAACCUUAGCUGAUAACAGCGGACACAAGUCUACAGCGCUUUUGGCAGAAAUUCUUAAAGCACAUCAGGAUGGCAAGAAAAAUAUUGGCGUAGACAUUGAAAAACCCAAUGAAAUGUGUGACGCUGUAGAAAAACACAUCUUGGACUUGUACAACUGCAAGUACUGGGGUCUAAAAUACGCCGUUGGUGCCGCCGCUACCAUUCUUCGCGUCGACCAGAUCAUCAUGGCCAAAAGGGCGGGAGGACCCAAACCGCGUCAAGCAGCCGGCAGCGACGAUGAAUCGUAAGCCCUGGUUAGUUUUUUGAUUUGCAUUUUCACAUUACGUAAUUUUAUACUUACGCUUACCGUUCUUGAAAGUUAAUUAACACACAGUAUUCACCCUAUUAUAAUCCAUGUCGUCACAUAUUUAAUAAAAUAACUUAAAAAGUUGAAGGU